GAAAGAUGUGCAAAUUAAGAAGCUCCAGCCCUUGAGUUCACAUAGAAGUUUUUGCGUCCAAAACAAAGAAACUAGGCAAGAUGACUAGCGUGUUAUCUGAUCUGGUCAAUACUGAAGAUCUGCUCAAGACUGAUCUGAUCAGCACUGAGAAUGAAAACCAGGAUGAUGUGGUUGCUACUGAAACUGAGAGCCUGGAAGAUGACCCAGUUCAAACAAUUUUAGACGGGUUCAAGCACUUCAAGACCAACUUUUACGACACAAAUCCAGAGUUGUUCAAUGAGCUUGCCCUAGCACAAAGCCCCAAGUUUUUGGUCUUUGCAUGCUCGGAUUCCCGAGUGAGUCCCUCGCAUGUUCUUCAUUGCACACCUGGACAAGCCUUUCUGGUUCGCAACAUUGCUAACAUGGUUCCUGCAUAUGACCAGCUAAGGUACACAGGAACUGGAGCAACCAUUGAGUAUGCUGUAGAAGAACUCGGGGUAGAAAACAUUUUGAUAGUGGGACACAGUAGUUGCGGAGGAAUAAAAAGGCUAAUGUCUUAUCCCGAGGAUGGUUCCGCUCCACUGGUCUUUAUAGAUGAUUGGAUGAAAAUGGCCUUACCUGUCAAGACAAAGGUUAUUGCGGAAGCUGGCGAUACCGAUUUCCAGGAACAAUGUGAUCGUUGCGCAAGGAAAGCAGUAAAUUUGUCAUUGGAAAACCUACUCACAUAUCCCUUCGUUCAAGAGGCACACUCGGAGAAAAAACUAGCACUUCGGGGUGCUUACUAUGACUUUGUCAACGGACGUUUCGAGCUCUGGGAGCAUGGUUCCGACAAUAUCAUCAUAGCACCUUAGUUGCUUAAUUUGCAAGUCUUUGAAUAAGUAACCGCAAAUAAAGAAGAGGAACUCCAAGUGCUGCAUUUUGUCACAAUGCCUGUAUAAUGUUGCUUGUUCAGUUGAUUUUUCUUGAAUUAUGUCAUUUCUUCUUUAAAUGUACUCCAUUUUCCCGCCAAAAAAAAAGAGUGCUGUUUUUAGAAACAGAAUUACAAUCUUCGUUUCUGUAGUUUUAAAUCAGUUUUC